AUGCUACCAUCAACUCCUCUAAGUGGAAGAUCUCGGUGGAAGUCAAAGAAGACACUGGAUGUCCCAAAAUGCUAUCAAGCCUACCAUUCCCCUGAUGCAGCAAUGGUCAUUAGGGGCCUCCCACCUGCAGUUGAAGAACCAGACCCUGGAGUGGGACUUGGGGUGGAAGAGGGGUUACUCUGCCAACUGCUUCAUUCUCCAGAGUUUAACUUGUUUCCCAACUCAGCUGUCUUUGAAAGCAACUUCAUCCAGGUCACAAAGUACAAGAACUGGAGAAACAUCUAUGAUGCAUCUACAACUAUGGCUCUUGGUGUGACCUCGUCAGUGGCAUGCCUGCCUCUUCCCAACAUCCUCCUGAUGGCCAAAGUCAAGUGGCCCAAAGGGCAAUCUCCAAAGUGGAUCAGUCCAAUAGAAGCGCCAACUAUCACCCUCAAGAGGAUCCUUCCACUAAAGUUUGUGGAACUCCAAGUUUGCGACUGGUCCCAGCGAAUCUUGAGGGUCCGGACAGUGGCUGAAAAAAUUUACUACCUAAAACUCCACUUGGACCAUCCUGAGGUUGUGUUCCAAUUCUGGGUCCGACUGCUGUACAUUCUGGAAAGGGGACUGUCCAUCACCACUAAAGAUCCAAGAAUUCAUGUGACCCACUGUCUGGUGCCCAAGGCCCCAAGCAAACCCCCUGGGAAUGCCCCAGAAACACUCGAAAUGAGCAGACUGCCACCUUCGAGACCAAGUGAAAGCCUGGUUCUUCUUAUUGCCAAGGGAAUGUCUGAAGCCACUUCAAAGCGCUCUGAAGACUUGAGGCAUCAUAGGAAAGCAACUAGGACCAAUGACAUCAACAACAUGGAGGUCGUCAGAGAUGUUAAGACAAGCAACUCAGAACAAGAACCUUCUUCCCAAGAAAGCAUUCAAAGAAUUGAAGGAGACCUACGCUUGAGAGACUCUUUCUCUCAUAGUAUGUGGGAAAGAGAAAAUCCCUCUGGGCCACAACCACUAUCUCUUCUUAGCACCCUGGCAGCCUCCACUUAUUACUUUGGUCCACAGUCUUAG